AUGAGUACCACUCUCGACUACCCAUCAACCAACCCCGAAGCACCUCAGGGGCACCCAGGCCACCUCACCUCCGAGCAAGAAUCCAAGGUCGUCCAACUCCGAGCAGCCCUCCAACAAGCCGGGUGCACCGAACGCCUCGAUGACCCCUCCAUGUGCCGCUUCCUCCGCGCUCGCAAAUGGGACAUCAACCUCGCAAAGGAGAUGUUCCUAAACUGCGAGAAGUGGAGGAGGGAGUUCGGUGUUGAUGAGAUUGCGAAGAACUUUCAGUAUCCGGAGAAAGAGGCCGUGUCGAAGUAUUACCCUCAAUACUACCACAAGACGGAUAAGGAUGGACGUCCGGUAUACAUUGAGCAGCUCGGCGGUAUCGACUUGAAGAAGAUGUACGAGAUCACCACCCAAGAACGCAUGAUGCAAAACCUCGUCUACGAAUACGAGAAAUUCGUUGACCCCCGUCUCCCCGCAUGCUCCCGAAAAGCCGGAAAGCUCAUCGAGACUUCUUGCACCAUCCUCGACUUGAAGGGCGUCGGAAUCACCUCCAUCUCCUCCGUGUACGGAUACGUCAAGCAAGCUUCCCAGAUCUCCAGUGACUACUACCCCGAGCGUCUCGGCAAGAUGUUCCUUAUCAACGCCCCCUGGGGUUUCUCCGGCGCCUGGAAAAUGGUCGCAAAGCUCCUCGACCCCGCUACCGUCGCUAAAAUCAACAUCCUCGGUUCUUCGUACCAGUCUGAGCUCCUUGCCCAGAUCCCGGCGGAGAACUUGCCGAAGCAAUUUGGUGGAAAGUGCGAUUGUGCGGACCGUGGUGGUAAUUGUGCGAUGAGCGAUGCUGGACCGUGGAAUGACCCUCAGUACUUGAAGUAA